AUUCCCUUCUUCGCCCCAGUCACCAAGGUUCUGUCGGACUCCCCCCCUUUCUCCCUUCUCGAUCCUCCCAUCGCUCUCUCCGAGCUCUGAGGAUGCCCUAGCACCGUCGCCCCGCCAGUGCUCCGCCCGGACCACCUCUCGCCAGGCUGCUCCGUCAAGCUCCCCCCUUCCUCAACUUGCUGCCGCCGCCUAUCUCUCGUUUAUUUUUGUAAAGUUGCCAUUUUUACUGCCUUCCCUGUUAACUACUACUACUUAUUCUUCCAGUAUAAAGAUAGGCGUUGAAAGUAACUCGUAGAUCAACUGUGCUGGAUCUGGAGUAGAGAGCGAUAGCGGGAAUCUACAAAACACAUGCGAUAUGUUGAAUAAGUAUUGAAGGUUAUUAUAUAAAUACAGCUAUGUGAAUUCCUAUAUAAAGAAAAAACACAAACACACAAUUACCAAGCAGAGAAACAAUUAUGGAUCAUUGAGAAACUUGAAAUGUAGAAGAGCGGAAAUUGCAUUUUUAAUUUUACAACUCUAAUUGACUUGGCAAUUAGAGGCCCAAUGGAGUUAUCUUGAAAGGUGAUAGGUUUUAUACUCUCGCGAGUUUAUUUGAGUAGUCUAGAGCGUGGAGACUUGCAAGCAGAUAGGAUAAUAUUACUUCUUUGCAGCAUUAAAAUAUAUACCAACAUGAUAGUUCUGGCAUGAAAAGAGGUUGGCUUUGUUGAUCAAGUACUAAUCCAAGUAAUAUGGGGGGAAACAAAAUGAUCAACGGACAACUCCUGCUGACUUACUUUUACCUAUUUGUUUACAUUUGCCUCUCAUCAGGAGUUAUCUUGUAUAACAAGUGGGUCCUAUCUCCAAAAUAUUUCAAUUUCCCUUAUCCUAUUACUCUAACUAUGAUUCACAUGGGGUUUUCUGGUGCUAUAGCAUUCUGUCUUGUUCGUGUUUUCAAGGUUGUUCCACCUGUCAAGAUGACUUUUCAAAUAUAUGCAACAUGUGUGAUUCCCAUUAGUGCCUUCUUUGCAUCGAGUCUUUGGUUCGGCAACACAGCCUACUUGUACAUAUCCGUGGCAUUUAUUCAGAUGCUUAAGGCGUUAAUGCCUGUAGCGACAUUCCUUAUGGCUGUUGUAUGUGGUACUGACAAACUAAGAUGUGACGUCUUCUUCAACAUGGUGCUAGUUAGUGUUGGUGUCGUAGUUUCGUCUUAUGGAGAAAUUCAUUUUAAUGUGAUUGGCACGGUUUACCAAGUAACUGGGAUAUUUGCGGAAGCCUUAAGGCUGGUUUUGACUCAAGUCCUCCUUCAGAAGAAAGGCUUGACUUUAAAUCCUAUCACAAGUUUGUAUUACAUAGCCCCUUGCAGCUUCCUCUUUCUGUUUGUACCUUGGUAUGCUUUGGAGAAACCUGGGAUGGACAUGUCACAUAUUCAGUUCAAUUUCUGGAUAUUCUUCUCAAAUGCUCUUUGUGCAUUAGCUUUGAAUCUCUCCAUAUUCCUAGUAAUUGGUAGAACAGGGGCAGUCACCAUACGAGUUGCUGGUGUUCUGAAGGACUGGAUACUGAUUGCCCUUUCGACGAUUUUAUUUCCUGAAUCUACUAUUACAGGGCUCAACAUCAUUGGCUAUGGAAUUGCUCUGUGCGGUGUAGUGAUGUACAACUACUUGAAGGUUAAGGAUGUGCGAGCAUCCAAUCAACUUCCUUCUGAGAGCAUCCCUGACAGAGCCAUGAAGGAUUGGAAGUUGGAUAAAAAGUCGUCAGAUAUAUACAAUGAUAAUGUCGACAGUAAUACUGGAGUGAGCAAUUUUGGAAGCAAUUCUGUUUCAGAGUCAAUAGUGGGUGAUGAGGAAGCACCCCUAGUUCCUUCAUCAAAGCUGUCCUAGAGCUGAAUCGGCAGCCGCACUGUUAACAAGUUCUUUUCUUAGGAUGAUAAAGAGCAGUUCUUCUGAAUAGGCCCAUUCUUUUUUUUUAUUUUUUUUUUGGCGGGGGGUGGAGAAACCCAUUCAGGGGGUAUCCAUAUUACAUCAUGGAGUCUAUGAUUUUCAUUGUCUUGCAUCUUCGUCCUUCUUUUCCCCCAUCGAAGGCUUAAAGGUCAAUCUGUGUGCACAGACAUUGCUGUGAAUUUUACAUGGCGGCAAUGGUGGGGAUGUGAGUUUACAAUAGAUGGUGUGGCGGAGUAUGUGUCCUGAAUGUCAAUAUAUGUUACAUUACCAGCCUUAAUUUUUGUCUCAAAAGAUGCAGUAAUGAUUGAAGGGAUAGUAUGAGGCUCUUGGUUCUUUUGAUUAGUCCUCUAAUCGAAUCUUUUUUUUUUUUU